UUCAGAGCCCAACUCCCAGCAGGCUACACAGCUCUCCAGCCUCACACCCAAACAUGGGUUAGGAAGAAAGCGACCGAUGGAUUAUCCACUUUGUGCACUUCAGCGAGGAUGAUGGAGGGGGAAGCGGACUUGUUUUCACAGAGACAUCCUGACAAAGACGGGGACUGAGAGGGAGUAGAGAUCGGGAUUCGCAGCCUCGCUUUGCAUCUCUCUCUCUCUCUCUUUUUAUUUUAUUUUUUUUUUCAGUUUAGUUUAUCAUUAUUAGUACUGUUAUCAUUUUCCCCGCGUGUGUGCGAGACAGAGAAAUGUUUGCAGAAUUGCUGUGCGGCGCCGUGGCUCUGGUCCUGUAUGUCAACACUCUGGGCGCCGAUUUCUGCUACGAUGACAGCCGUGCAAUCAAGACCAAUCAGGACCUGCUUCCAGAGACCCCCUGGACAAAUAUCUUCUACGAUGACUUCUGGGGCACCUUACUCACGCACAGUGGCAGUCAUAAGUCUUACCGGCCCCUCUGCACCCUCUCCUUCCGCCUCAACCACGCUGUGGGUGGGCUGGACCCCUGGGGUUACCACAUGGUUAAUGUGGCCUUCCACGGAGCUGUGACAGGCCUGUUUACCUCGCUGGCUCGCCUGCUGCUGGGAGGAGGCCUGUGGAGCCUGUUGGCCGGCCUCCUCUUUGCCUCUCACCCCAUCCACACCGAGGCGGUGGCGGGCAUCGUGGGCCGGGCCGAUGAAGGCGCCGCCCUGUUCUUCUUGCUGUCCCUGCUGUGUUACAUACGUCACUGUACGCUGCGGGGCCACGCCGGGCCCUGGCGGCUCGUGGCCUGGUUCCUGGGCAGCCUGGGCUGCGCCGCCUGCAGCAUGCUGUGGAAGGAGCUCGGAGUGACCGUCCUGGCUAUAUCCGCGCUGUAUGACGUCUGCGUUUUCCACAAGCUCAAAUUGCGACAGGUCAUCACGCUGCUCUACAAGAGAAAGAACGUCCACCUGCUGCUCAAUGUGUUUUUGCUGGCAGCCUGGGGAGCCGUCCUGUUAGCCUGCCGUUUCUACUGGAUGGGCAACAAACCGCCCAACUUCUCCAACUCCGACAACCCGGCAGCCGACUCCCCCUCGCUCCUCACCAGGACGCUAACCUUUUUCUACCUGCCCGCCGUCAACUUUUGGCUCCUCCUCUGCCCGGACACGCUCAGCUUCGACUGGUCAAUGGACGCCCUGCCUUUGAUCAGGAGCCUGGCUGAUUGGAGGAACUUUCAUACAGUACUCUUCUACCUUGGGCUGCUGUUGCUGGCUUGGUUCGGCCUGUGGACGCACCACGCAGCCAAGGGCAAGGACACGAACGGAAAAGCGCAACAUUACACCAAUGGCAGAAAUGGAAACAGUAACGGACACAGUUACCAAUAUAACAAUCACGAACAUAUGAACAAUUCCCACACAGGUGCUCACAUUAAUAGUGCACAAAACGGUACCAAAAAGCACUAUGAGAGCAGGACUCCACUGCCCACCACUGAAAAUGUUGUGGUGUUCUCUUUAGGCCUGUUGGCUAUCCCCUUCCUUCCUGCCACAAACCUGUUUUUCUAUGUAGGGUUUGUGAUAGCGGAGAGAGUACUGUACAUCCCCAGCAUGGGCUUCUGCCUGCUGGUCGCAGUGGGGAUGAGGUCCCUGUACGUCCGACUGCGACGCCGGUCCUUCAGGACGAUCUUGGUGUACUGCAGCGCUGCCAUGGUUCUUCUCUUUGGCGUCAAAACUGUUUUGAGGAACCGGGACUGGCAGAAUGAGGAGAUGCUCUACAAGUCAGGGAUUUAUGUCAACCCUGCUAAAGCAUGGGGCAACCUUGGAAAUGUGCUGAAGAGCCAGGGCAAGAUGGAAGAGGCUGAACAGGCGUACAGAAAUGCUCUGUACUACCGCAGCAACAUGGCUGACAUGCUGUAUAACCUCGGUUUGCUGCUGCAGGAGAGCAACAAGUUCUCAGAGGCGCUCCACUACUAUAAGCUGGCCAUUGGGAGCCGGCCAACUCUGGCUUCGGCCUACUUGAACACAGGCAUCAUCCUGAUGAAUCAGGGUCGCCACGAUGAAGCCAAGCGCACCUUCCUGACCUGUGCCGAUAUCCCCGAUGAGAACCUGAAGGACCCCCACGCCCACAAGAGCUCAGUCACCAGCUGCUUGUACAACCUGGGCAAGCUGCUCCAUGAGCAGGGACAUCAGGAGGAGGCCCUCUCUGUGUUUAAAGAAGCAAUACAGAAAAUGCCAAGACAAUUUGCACCACAGAGCCUCUACAACAUGAUGGGAGAGGCCUACAUGAGACUGAGCAAGCUGCCUGAAGCUGAACACUGGUACCGAGAGUCCCUGCGAGCCAAGCCGGACCACAUCCCCGCACACCUCACCUAUGGCAAACUCCUGGCCAUGACGGGGCAGAAAACAGAAGCGGAGAGGUACUUCCUCAAGGCCAUCCAGCUCGAUCCCACAAAAGGCAACUGUUACAUGCAUUACGGUCAGUUUUUGUUGGAAGAGUCGCGGCUCCUGGAAGCGGCGGAGAUGGCAGAGAAAGCUGCACGCCUCGACAGCGGGGAGUUUGAUGUGGUCUUCAGCGCAGCCCACAUGCUCAGACAAGCCAGCCUAAAUGAGGCAGCCGAGAAGUACUACGGACAAGCAGCAAGCCUGAGACCCAAUUAUCCUGCAGCGUUGAUGAACCUGGGGGCCAUUCUCCACCUCAACGGGAAGCUGCAAGAAGCUGAAGCCAAUUACCUCCGAGCACUUCAACUGAAACCUGAUGACACCAUCACCCAGUCCAACUUGCGUAAGCUGUGGAACAUCAUGGAGAAACAGGGCCUGAGGACCACGAGCCCCUGAGCUCCUCCUGCCCGCCUACAGUACCUGCCAUCUGUACGCCAGACCUGGAGGAAAGGACGGCCCACGCGUUGCUUAUUCACUCUUCUCUUCCAGGAGGGAUGGAAGAGACUCAGGGAGGAUGUUUGCUCUGAGAGGCCAUGACUGUGCCGCACAGCCCUCCUAAUGACUCCUGAGCUCUGCAUACACCUCAGGCCAGCAGCUUUCCUCAGAAGCAUUGCUCACAGUUUGGCUGGUGCUGCACAGUAUUUGGACUCUUUAGAACUUUCCUCAAAAUUAGUGCUCUCACAGGAACCAUUUUUUUUUUCUUUUCUUUUUCUUUUUUUUUUUUUUUU